UUGCUUUGUUGGAAGUGGAGCGUGAGGGGCCAGAGGGGAGGGGAUUAGGGCAGGUCCCUGUGGGAAUCCCCCCCCUCCCUCUAAGCCCUCUUUCUUUGCCUGCUUAUUUCCCAGAGACCCAGAGAUUAGGUCCCCAGCCAAAGAAAGGGUUAGGUAUGUUUAGAAAUUGCCCAGAGAGGCAAGGUACUGACUGAGGUGUGAAUGUGAAAAGCCUCUGCAGGCACGAGGAGAGGAGUUGCCAGGAUCCCAGGCAGAAUGUCUCAGGAGAAUGACACAUGGAAGAAAGAGGCGCUGGGGGAUGAGCUCACCGCCAUGAGGCUGCAGAAGCUGGAACAGCAGCGGCGGCUCUUUGAGAAGAAGCAGCGGCGGAAGCGCCAAGAGCCCCUCAUGGUUCAAGCCAAUCCCGACGCUUCCUUGCGUCCCCGGCAACGCUGGCGGCGGGAGGAGCGUCUCGCGGGUGACACUGGCCUUGGGAACCUUUUCCUCCAGGAGAAUGUGCCAGAGGCACAUCUGCGCUCUGGUGCCCACAGUGCCCUGGGCAUCGUGAGCUGCGGUGGAGAUGGCAGCGGUGACCGUGGCCCACUGGCAUCCCCGACAGGAGGAGACAGUUCCGAUCCGGAGUUGGAGGAAGUCUCCGUGGAGGACGUUCCCGCUUCUCCACCUCCUUAUAAAGAGCCUCCAGGGACUCGACGCAGGGGUUGGCCAGCCCACCAACCACCUGGGGCUUGUGCGGAGGAACAGAGUAAAUCCCAGAAUGUUGGAGAUGGAUAUGAGGCACCCAGUCCAGAACCAAAACCUGGCAUGGAUGAUGACCUGGGACGUGGAGUCUUAGCCUCCAACAAGGGCGAAGACCCGGAAGAGAAGAAAGAGGAGUCCGAGUCUACAGUGAAGAACGCCCCACCGGCAGCCCAAAAGAAGGUGUUCAAGACACUGGAAGGAGAGGUCGGCGCGGGCCACAGCCAUGUGGCCCCCUCGCCAGGCCUUCGGCUGGGGGAGGACAUGGAAGCUUACGUGAUGCGGCCGGCGGUGAGCGGCCACACGGUGCAGUGCCGCAUCAGCCGCGACAAGUGCGGGGUAGACAAGGGCAUGUUCCCUUUCUACUAUCUCUACCUGGAGGCGGCCGACGGGCGAAAGCACUUCCUCCUGGCUGGGCGCAAGAGAAAAAGGAGCAAAACCUCGAAUUACCUCAUUUCCCUGGACCCCACAGACCUAUCUCGGGAUGGGGACAACUUUGUGGGCAAAGUCAGAUCCAAUGUCUUGGGCACCAAGUACACCAUCUUUGACAGUGGGGUGAAUCCUGAAAGGAAGAAUUUUGUCCCGGAGACCGCUCGGAUCAGACAGGAGCUGGCGGCUGUAUGUUAUGAGACCAACAUCUUGGGAUUGCGAGGGCCCCGGAAAAUGACUGUGGUCAUUCCAGGAAUUGAUGCCCAGAACCAGAGAAUCAGCGUCCAGCCUCAAAACGAGAAGGAGUCGCUACUGAGUCGCCUCCAGCGGGGGGCCAGCCAGGGUCUGGUCCUGAUGCGAAACAAAACCCCGUCGUGGAAGGACGAGAGCCGCGCCUACGUACUCAAUUUUCAUGGUCGAGUCACUGCGGCCUCGGUCAAGAACUUCCAGAUCGUGCAUCCGGAUGACCCGGACUACCUGGUGCUCCAGUUCGGCCGCGUGUCCUCAGACAGGUUCACCAUGGAUUUCCGCUUCCCGCUUUGCCCGUUCCAAGCCUUUGCCAUCUGCUUGUCCAGUUUCGAUGGCAAGCUGGCAUGUGAGUAAUCCAAUGAAAUACCAUGCCCUCACCAGCUUUUGUGCCUGCUCAUUUGGAGAAAGGGCUCCCCGCAUGCCUUCUUUUGCACCACCUUACUCAUAACCAACACAUCAUAGUCGGCCUGGGUGCCCAGGCCUGUGCUCCAGGAAGUAGGGUUUUAAGCAGCACCUGCUUUCUCGGGACUCAGUCAUGGGAGAUGGGUCUUAAACAACAAAGAAAUCAAAAUGCUCCUCUGCUACGAAGGAAAAAGCACACGGAGGCACAGUUUAGCUGGGUCAGAUCAAGGUCUCUCUAAAAAAGUGAUUUUCACACUACAUCUGAAGAAUCACGAGAAACUAGGGCCAGAGGGUCAGGGGUGGGAACAUCAGGCAGUAGGCACAGCUCAUACAAAGGUCUUUUUUUUUUUUUUUUUUUUUUAAGUUUUUUUUUUUUUUUGACAGAGAAAGGGAACACAAACAGGGGAAUGUGGGAGAGGGAGAAGCAGCCUUCCCUCUGAGCUGGGAGCCCGAUGCUGGGGCUCGAUCCCAGGACCCUAAGGCAUCCCAGGACCCCAACGAAGCCACCCAGGCACCCCAUCAUACAAAGGUCUUAAAGUGAAAAGGGGCUUGAUCCGUUUGGGAAAUGAAAGGAGGAUAGUGUGGCAGGAGCCUGGGGAACCGCUGGAGAGGGGCAGGGUCAGAGGCUCGACAGGGGUCAGGAUAUCUGAGCCACUCUUCUUUAAGCUGCUGGACAGAUCUUAUGGGGUCAGAAAAGACUUAUGAGUUGGAGAUGUAAACCUGGAUGGUUAAUUCAAGACAUGCGUGGGUGAGAGUGAGAAUAAUUACAAUACUAGCUACGCUUAACUUUUAUUAUUUGGCAAGCAUUGUUUUAAAUUUGGACUUGGGAUGCCUGGCUGGCUCAGUCGGUGGAUGGUGGGAUCUUGAUCUCAGGGUUGUGAGUUCAAGCCCCACGUUGGGCAUAGGGAUUACUUAAAAACAAAAUCUUAAAAAAAUUAAAAAUGCAAAUAAAUAAAUAUGAACACCUUUGGGGCCUUACAAUCCUGUAAGACUUGUGCUAUUGUUAGUCACAUUUUAUAAGUAAGGUAACAGUCUAUGGAACAGGGCUUAAAAAGGUGAAAUUGGACCACUGAAAGCCUUGGGCAACUCACCAUUGAAAGGACAGUGGGAGGUAGGAGGAUGAGUAUAGUCCAGGGAGGCUCAGAAAACUGGAAUUGAACACUUUUUUGAGAUCAGUGACUCUAGCUCCCAGCCCCUCAGGGGAGAUAAUUGUCCCAAGUUUAAUAAAAUGUAGGCCGAUACCAAAGAAAAACUACAAGACCCACCAGCUCUUAG